GUGUGUAGGUUGUUGUCAUUAAACCGAAGGAGAGUUUGAAAGGAUUUUUUGGCACAGCAUAAGUUAAGUCUGAAAUGGCAGAACCACAAAUCCCAGUGAAGAAGGGGAUUAAAGAAGAAGACUUCGAUGAUUUCCUCUGUGAGUAUAUUUUGGCCGGGAAAGUGGAUGAUAAGACUGCACUGGAAAAAGAUUGUAGGACUGAGACACAAAUAUCAUCUACCUGUGGAGAAGAGGACUUCACCCAAGUGGAAAUUACAGAGGAAAACUAUUCUGAUUCUGGAGAAUAUGGCCAUGAUGACUACACAGCUCCAAAGCCUGUGUGUCUGGCCCAGAUGAAGAGGGUAUCAGUGGUGCUGGUGGACUGCUGCAGACCAAACAGUAAACAGGAACAUGACUGUGGAGAAUAUGAUGACCACGAUGACUCCUCUAAUACAAGAGUUGUUCAAAGGAUCACAUGUGGGAAGAGUUUAAGUGUUGUCUCAGAUCUCAACCCACAUCAGACAACACCUACUGGACGAAAGCCACAUCAGUGUUCUCAGUGUGGAGAGGCAUUUGGUGAAACGUCUCUUCUGAGGAGACACGAGAGGAUCCAUACUGGGGUAAAGCCAUAUCAGUGUGCUACAUGUGGAAAAAGCUUCAAAAUGAAACACCACCUCACUCUCCAUAAGAGAACACAUACUGGAGAAAAGCCAUAUCAUUGCUCAGAUUGUGGAAAGACUUUUACUUACGUGGGACAGCUCACAAGACAUAAGAGAACACAUUCUGGAGAAAAGCCAUAUCAGUGUUCAGAUUGUGGAAAGACUUUUGCUCAGGCGACUACUCUCAAGACACAUAUGAUGAUCCAUACUGGGGAAAAGCCAUAUCAGUGCACUGUAUGUGGGAAGAGAUUCAAAACCAGUAGAGAGCUCACUAUGCAUACGAGAAUACAUACUGGGGAAAAGCCAUAUCAGUGCACUACAUGUGGGAAGAGAUUCAAAACCAGUAGAGCACUCACUAUCCAUGGGACAAUACACACUGGAGAAAAGCCAUAUCUGUGCACUACAUGUGGGAAGAGAUUCAGAAUAAAUGGAGACCUCACUAUCCACAAGAGAAUACAUACUGGAGAAAAGCCAUAUCAGUGCUCAGAUUGUGGAAGUGCAUUUACUAAUGUGAAUUAUCUCAAGAAUCACCAGAAGAUCCAUACUGGAGAAAAGCCAUAUCAGUGCACUACAUGUGGGAAGAGAUUCAGAACAAAAGGAGACGUCACUAUCCACAAGAGAACACAUACAGGAGAAAAGCCAUAUCAGUGCUCAGAUUGUGGGAAGGCUUUUACUCAGAGACAUGCUCUCAAGACACACCAGAUGAUCCAUACCGGAGAAAAGCCAUAUCAGUGUUCAGAUUGUGGAAAGACUUUUACUCAGGUAGGUUAUUUCAAAACACAUCUGAUGAUCCAUACCGGAGUAAAGCCAUAUCAGUGUGCUACAUGUGGGAAGGGUUUCAAAACCAGUAAAGAGCUGACUGCCCAUCAGAGAACACAUACUGGAGAAAGGCCAUAUCAAUGCUCAGACUGUGGAAAGACUUUUACUAAUGUGAGUAAUCUCAAGAUACACCAGAUGAUCCAUACUGGAGUAAAGCCAUAUCAGUGUUCUCAGUGUGGGAAGACUUUUUCUCGGGCACAUCAUCUCAAGAAACACCAGAGGAUCCAUACUGGAGUAAAGCCAUAUCAGUGUUCUACAUGUGGGAAAAGCUUCAGAAGGAAAGACCACCUCACUUUUCAUAAGAAAACACAUACUGGAGAAAAGCCAUAUCAGUGCUCAGAUUGUGGAAAUAUGUUUGCUAGUGUGAGAUCUCUCAAUAUACACGAGAGUAUCCAUACUGGAGAAAAGCCAUAUCAGUGCUCAGAUUGUGGGAAGACUUUUAGAAGGACACACCAGCUCACUCUCCAUCAGAGAACACAUACUGGAGAAAAGCCAUAUCAGUGUUCAGAUUGUGGGAAGAGUUUUACUCAGGCGACUGCUCUCAAGAUACACCAGAUGAUCCAUACUGGGGAAAAGCCACAUCACUGCACUACGUGUGGGAAAAGCUUCAGAACAACAGGAGAUCUCACUAUCCAUCAGAGAACACAUACUGGAGUAAAGCCAUUUCAGUGUUCAGAUUGUGGAAAGAAUUUUGCUCAGGCAGGUACUCUCAAGAUACACCAGAUGAUCCAUACUGGAGAAAAGCCAUAUCAGUGCACUACAUGUGGGAAGAGAUUCAAAACUAGUGGAGAGCUCACUGUCCAUAUGAGAACACAUGGUGGAAAGCCAUAUCAGUGCUCAGACUGUGGAAAGACUUUUACUGAUGUGCAAACGCAGGACACAGUAGAGGACUCAUAG